CGCCUGCUCGUCCGGCUGUUGGUUGAGCGGCUAAUGCUAAUCGAACGCCGCACUGUAUAGCAACACAUGGCAUCUCUGCUCCCUAUUACGAUAAAGAGCCAGUCGGCGGCCGCCGGCUCCGCUGCUCUGCGAGGGAAGAAACGUCCCGGUGUUACUGGUUGUCCGGCGGGGUUUGCCGCUCAAACGCCCAGCGGGGGCACCAAGAAGAAGAAAGCUCCGCUAACGAUGACACAACUUACACAAAAUCAGAUGUCAACGGUAGAAGUUGUCACUGAGAUGAAGGCGGUUGGACUGGUGGAGAGCACUCCGAUAACAAGCAUCAGCACCAGCACAGAAUGCAUUUCCAAGCCACCGCCGUUCAAAGACCCCUCAUUUAUGCACUCUGGGAUCGGCGGAGCAGCAGCAGGCAAAAAGAACAGAACCUGGAAGAAUCUCAAACAAAUUCUGGUUUUGGAACGGACUUUACCCUGGAAGCUCGACGACCCAAACUACUACAACAUUGAUGCUCCCCCCUCUCUGAAACCAUCCAAAAAAUACUCAGACAUCUCUGGACUCCCUGCAAACUACACAGACCCGCAGACCAAACUACGCUUCACAUCCACAGAGGAGUUCUCCUACAUCCGCCUCCUCCCCACUGAUGUUGUGACAGGCUACCUGGCCCUGCGGAAGGCAACCUGCAUCGUACCUUGAUAGCCAAGUCCCAAGUACAAAUUGGACAGCUUUGGAAAUUGCAAGCCGGCUGGAAAACCUUUGAACAGUGACGUGAUAAAGGAAGGAAGUGUUUUAUCUUUUUCUUUCUUUCUUUUUAGCAAAGUUUCCUGUGUUUACCUGGUGUAAGGGGGCUUAAUCAUUGUGGUUAAGUUUGUUGCAAUGCAAUGCAAUGUGCCCACUGGUGGAUCAGUUCAACGGGCUGAAAUUGGUUUAAAUAUGAAUGUUUUCUAUGAAAACAUGGAAGUGUAAUUAAACCCCUGCUGUGAUUUGUACACGUUUCACGGAGUUCACAUCCAUGCAUGUUAUGCAAAUAAAGCCCUCAGCCUCUUUA